AUGCAUACCAAGAACAACACUUUCCUGUCCACUGAUGAGCGACAUGACCUCUUCGAAUUCAUACGCCGUACAAUGUAUUGGGCAGCCAUGUAUCCACUACAUUUGGAAAGUUGGGCGCCACAACGCUUUCAGAAAUUUGGGCAAUUUAUUGAAUUGAUUUACGAACUGAUCCUCUACCUGGUGUGCAUUCACAUUGCCAUUCUCUACGGGUGUACAUUUUAUUUGAAUUAUCACAGUGGAGAUUUGGAACUACUGGUCAAUUGUUUGAUGCAAAUCAUCAUUUAUUUGUGGACAUUUGGUAUGAAGGUGUAUUUUCGUCGUUUACGUUCAGGCAAACUGGAGGAAGUAAUUGAAUCCUUGAAUUCUCGCUAUGAAACACGUUCGGCUAGGGGAUUCACAUAUGUAACUAUGGAUAAGUGUGUGGCUAUGUCAAAUAAAUGGAUAAAAACAUAUGUGUACAGUUGUUUUAGUGGAGCCGUUUUCUGGCUCAUUGUACCAAUCACCUAUGGCGAUCGCAGUCUCCCCUUGACCUGUUGGUACCCCAUGGAUUAUAAGAAACCGAUAAUUUAUGAGACAAUAUAUAUUCUACAAGCUGUGGCGCAAAUACAAGUAGCUGCUGCCUUUUCCUCAUCCAGUGGACUCCACAUGGUACUGUCCAUAUUAAUUUCCGGGCAAUAUGAUAUCUUGUUUUGCAGUUUAAAAAAUGUGUUUGCAACUGUUGCAAUGCGAAUGCAUUUGACCGUAGAGCAGUUAAUAAAACUUCGGAAACACCAAGAUGACCAACAACCCGAAUUGAAUGAAUUUUACUGUUCGACAGAGAAAGUAUUUGCUAUCGACAAGCUCGACCUAAUCUCUAACCAAAUAUCUACUACGAAAUUUCAUUACCAUUUCCGUGCUACAUUUAAGAAAUGCAUCAAACAUCAUUGUUACAUUUUGGAAUGCUUAAAGAAUAUGGAAACAUUUUUCAACCCCAUUUGGUUUUUGAAAACAGGUCAAGUUAUACUACUAAUGUGUUUGGUUGCAUUCGUCUCUGUAAAGUCCACCACAGCUAAUUCAUCGUUUAUGAAAAAUCUAUCUUUGGGUCAAUAUCUGUUUUUGGUUGCCUGGGAAUUUUUGGUGAUUUGUUAUUUCGCCCAAAUCAUUUUCAUCAACAGUCAGCAAUAUGGUGAAGCAAUUUUAAGGAGUCCUUGGUAUCUGUAUUUGAGUGAAAUUAAAAGUGAUAUGCUUUUUUUUCUGCAAAGGUCCUACAGGCCAUUUAAACUAACAGCCGGUACAGUAUUUCCAUUAAAUAUUGAUUGGUAUCGUUGGGUCAUUUCAACAGCAUUUUCAUUUUUAACACUGCUACAAAAGAUGGACCAAAGGGACGGAAAUGUGUCUAUAUAG